UCACUUCCUGUACCACCACCUCCUUUGUCUGUGCCCCAGGUUUCGGUACGCAAGGCUGGUUAUUUAUUUAUUUCCUUUUUAUUUGGAGGAUAUAUUUUCAUAUAUAUCCAUUACUUUUUCAUUUAUUGAAUGACAGUCGACUCUGAAAUAUUUAUGCCUAAAAGCAAAGCGCCAAAAAUGGAUGACCUGGACUACAGCUGUAAGGUUGAGUGCUCCAGUAUAUCAAGUCUGCAAUGAGACGCCCAUCAUCAACCUCCUGAUUUUCCACACAUUUCCAUUUGACUAGACAACCAAAAUGGAGGAAUUAGGUACAGUCCCGGUAGACCUGAGUCCAGAGGAGCGUUCUGAGCUGGAGGACAUCCGUCGGAGGAAGGGAGCUCUGCUGCAGGAGAUCCAGAGGCUCAGAGAUGAGCUCAGAGAGGCCAUCAUAGAGGUGGAAGGACUGGAGACCAGCACAGAGGGCAGUAAAACUUUACAGAAGAACAGGCAUGUGGCCAUGGGAAGGAAGAAGUUUAACAUGGACCCCAAAAAGGGUAUUGUGUUCCUGGUGGAGAAUGAGUUGCUCAGACACACUCAAGAGGAUGUUGCCCAGUUCCUGUACAAAGGAGAGGGACUCAACAAGACUGCUAUAGGAGACUACCUGGGAGAGAGGGAGGACUUUAAUCUCAAGGUUCUGCAGGCGUUUGUUGACCUUCACGAGUUCACUGAUCUCAACCUGGUCCAGGCUCUCAGGCAGUUCCUGUGGAGUUUCCGUCUGCCUGGCGAGGCUCAGAAGAUUGACAGGAUGAUGGAGGCCUUUGCCCAGAGAUACUGUCACUGCAACCCUGGGGUCUUCCAGAGCACUGAUACGUGCUAUGUGCUGUCGUUUGCUAUCAUCAUGCUGAACACCAGCCUCCACAACCCCAACGUGAGAGACAAGCCUGGAUUGGACCGCUUCAUCUCCAUGAACAGAGGCAUCAAUGAGGGUGGAGACCUGCCAGAGGACCUGCUCAGAAAUCUUUAUGACAGCAUCAAGAACGAGCCCUUCAAGAUCCCUGAGGAUGAUGGGAACGACCUGACACACACCUUCUUCAACCCCGACAGAGAGGGCUGGCUCCUCAAACUAGGAGGAGGACGGGUGAAGACCUGGAAAAGAAGAUGGUUCAUUCUCACAGACAACUGCCUUUACUACUUUGAGUAUACUACAGAUAAGGAGCCCAGAGGUAUCAUUCCCCUAGAGAACCUGAGUAUCCGGGAGGUUGAAGACCCCAGGAAACCUAACUGCUUUGAGCUGUACAUCCCCAACAACCGUGGUCAGCUGAUCAAGGCCUGUAAGACGGAGGCAGACGGCAGAGUGGUGGAGGGGAACCACAACGUGUACCGCAUUUCUGCCCCCACACCUGAGGAGAAAGACGAAUGGAUCCACCACAUCAACUCUGCGGUCAGCGUGGACCCCUUCUAUGAGAUGCUGGCUGCCAGGAAGAAACGCAUAUCGUUGAAGAAGGAGGAACAACCGUAGAAUAUUCCCUUCUUCCUCUCUCCUCUUCAUCUCUCAUUCCAACAUGGGACACAAGCCUUUUUCUCCUCCCUAGAUUAAUUUCAUUCCUCACUUUUUUUCCCCCUCUUUCUUUGUGAGGAGGACUUGUUGCUGUCCUGUUUAAGAGACUGGCCAGCACAAACCGGCAGUUCAGGAGUUCACCACUCAUCCACUACUGUCUGCUGCUGCUAGCGGCUGCUCUGUACACUACCACACUACAAAGUGUCCACUACUACCCUAUAUACUACAGUUAGUUCACUCACUCAAAGCCUCCUUCUGGUCACUACACCUCUCCUUCCUUCUUUUCCUUGAAGUGAACUGUGAAAUAAAUGUGUAUUUUAUUCAGGGUAGCAAGCAGGGCCACUGAACCUUCCAUCACAAACGGGCUGCAACUCAUCAGUCUAAAAUGACUUCCUCUCCAUCUGUAACUGAUCUAACAUUGGGGCAACGGUCCAGUUCUAACCGGUCACUGUGUGAAGGACAGAAUGCCCGGUGGCUGAGGAAGCCACUUUAACCUGUUAAGAUGCAGCCCUAGUUGUCUGCUGUGCUUUACUCUAACAUCUUGGCUCCAGGUUAGCAUGUCUAUAUCAGCAUUAUCAAAGUGCCACUUUAAUACUGUAGCCUCUAUGAAGGAGAUGACACUGGUCCUUACUGCUUAGCCUUAGACCAUAAAAAUGUCAUUCUCAUGUUAAAUUUGUUAUGAUCAACCAUCUAUGGGAAAUGUUCCCAGAAGAACUGACCAAUAAGGCAACAAUUGAGUAGUGUGCACUAAAAGACGACGACUCUUGUCAAUGACCACUGGCGUUUCCUUCACUAGACUGUUAAUAAACUCCCUCAUACAGACACGUAAACUGUUAAACCCAAUUCUAUAAUACGCUACAGUGGUUUUUAAGAAGUUACAACGGCAGCUUAUUACAACGUAUACUUCAUUUUUUUGUGAAUACUUGUUAGAAUAUUGUUUACAACACAGAUUUAAUUUAUUGUUUAUUUUUGUUUGUUACAUCUUUUGUUUUGUAAGAGCUACUGUAGAACUGCAUGUGGAGAUGAGGGUUAUUCUUCAUACACACAGAUGGACCAGACUCGUGUUAGUGUUGGGUGCAUUUGAGAAAGAGUGUUAGUGUUCCCUGUUGACACAAUAGAAUCAACCUCCAAUUGGAACAUUUAGAUUAUUCAGGACAGGAGAGUGAUGACAUCACAAAACAUUUAGGAUAGAAAUGUCUAAUAUAGAACAGGCAUGGUUCUAUGUGGUAUGGAACAGGGAAUCCUGUCAGUUCUAUACAUUCUAUUUCUAUCUGUAAUGUUGAUAAUGUUGCACCGUCCUGAAGGAACCUCUAUUACCCUCUAAGAGCCUGAAUGAAUGAGGCUCACUGAAGCACAAACGUGUCCCAGAUGCCUGUAAUGGCUUUCUUUCCACCAUAACCAUCAUGGAUAUAUGAAAGGGCUGGAUAGGUGUCCUUCAUUAUACUGAUGCCCAUCCAAUCCUGUCAGAUCUGUGACCUAAAAGGAAAGCAAGCUAUGGGGGGUUAUUGGGACAUCACCCUAUGAUAAGUCUGAAACGACCUGUCUAAUAUGAGAACUGAAAUGAUGGUUCUGAAGUUGAAUCAUCAGUCAAGCCAGGAAAAGGCAUCAGAUUCCUCUUAAUGUGAUUGAAUUGAAAAGGACAACACACAUGGAGCACUAAUAUAUCUUUCAAUAUUAUGUAAUUGCUGAAAUAUUAAAAUGUAUUAAAUGAAUAACAAUGUUAAGGAUACAUGUCUAAUGAUACAUUAUGCCUGAAUUGACUCGUAGAUAUUUGCAUUAGUUGUUUUUCAUUGGAUUAACAUUUCAUUAGACUGAAUAUGGAAAAUGCAGAAUUAGGAUUGUCUGCUGCACUUUAUCAAUAUUUAAGCAGCUGUACCUUUUAGAUGGCAAUACUAACUAUCUGUAGUAGCCUCCAGUGGUGGCCAGGCUGUCCUGCAUCAUCCUCACUGGUUGUGAUGAAGGCUUUACAAAUCCAUAUUUUGAUCACUUCCAGCUCUGAUAACAAAACUACAGAAGUUUUACUCUAAAUGUUGUUUACAUAGGAAAGUCUAGGUACAAAAAAAUGAUCUCUUAGUCUUUUCUAGUUAUUCUCUGAGUAUUUGGUGUGACAGACACACAGCAGCGAGCCAACCUACAGGCAGGGCUGCUGUACACUACACGAUACUAAAACACAGGAGACUUAUCUGGGUAUUCUUGAAGUGCAAAGUUGCCAAAAUGGAGUUGGGACGUCACACUGUUCCAACUCAACAAAGAGACAGACUUUUGUGAGAAAGGACACAAAUUAAUACUUCUGUCCCCCAGACCCCAACACCACUACUUCUGUCCCCCAGACCCCACCACCACUACUUCUGUCCCCCAGACCCCAACACCACUACUACUGUCCCCCCCCAGACCCCAACACCACUACUACUCCUGUCCCCCAGACCCCAACACCACCACUACUUCUGUCCCCCAGACCCCAACACCACUACUACUCCUGUCCCCCAGACCCCAACACCACCACUACUUCUGUCCCCCAGACCCCACCACCACUACCUUCUGUCCCCCGACCCCAACACCACUACUUCUGUCCCCCAGACCCCACCACCACCACUACUUCUGUCCCCCAGACCCCACCACCACCACUACUUCUGUCCCCCAGACCCCACCACCACCACUACUUCUGUCCCCCAGACCCCACCACCACCACUACUUCUGUCCCCCAGACCCCAACACCCCCACUACUUCUGUCCCCCAGACCCCAACACCCCCACUACUUCUGUCCCCCAACACCCCCACUACUUCUGUCCCCCAGAACCCACCACCACUACUUCUGUCCCCCAGACCCCAACACCACUACUUCUGUCCCCCAGACCCCAACACCACUACUUCCUGGGAUAGUGUUUGAUUUAGUAUUUAUUUAUUUUUGUUUUGCAGCAAUGUAAAGAUGGAUAGGUCAUCUGUGCUAUAUGUAGCAAAAACAAAACCACGGUACACGGGUGCCAGUCAGCUGUUGUGAAACAAUAAAAAGUGAACCGAGACAAUA